AUGGCCCGGGUUCUGCUGCUUGGAGGCCUAAUCAGCCUCUUCCUUGUCCACUCAUGGGCUGCGGCUCCCAAAACUUUGGAUCUGGAAUGCAUGUUUUUGGGUUAUCCGGAUCUCGAAUAUGACGGAUUCGACAGAACCGAGCCUUUGACGGACAAGAAUUUCAACCGAACUGUGUUUGCUGAGGAUGCCAAGUCUGUUGUCUUCUUCAACGAUGUGGAAGAUGACGAUCCAGAGUUCGAUCAGUAUGAAUGUUUCUUGCAAGUAAGUUGAGAUACCCCGGGUAAUUCACCUCAUCAGUUGUCAGCACAAGUUAUGACCAAAAGAGGUUAUAAUUUCUACACCGUAAACACAACAAAAGAAGUAAAAUUACGGAAUCAAGAAGAGGUUGAGAAGGGCGAAGAUACGAUCCAUGUUUACAAGGAUGGCUACAAGAUCGAAUACAAUGGCGUCCGAGAUCCAGAGACCUUUGUUUCGUGGCUCAUGGACAUUCCAGACGAUCCAGUUACCAUCAUUAACGAUCAGUUCGAUCUGGAUGAGUUCGAAGAUCUUGAGGAUGAGGCUGUUAGGAUUAUUGGAUACUUUGAGCCUGGCAGCGCAGCUUUAAAAGAAUUCGAAGAAGCUGCGGAGGAUUUCAUGGGAGAGAUCGAAUUCUUUGCUGUGGUCACCAGUUAUGUAAGUAUCGUUUAAUUACAUAAUCAUAAAACUGAUUCCAGUGGGCCCGCAAAUUAGGGUUGAAAAGGGUUGGGGAAGUCCAGCUGUUCCAUCCCUUCGAGGACGAUCCAAUCUAUGCUCCAUUGAACGUGGAUACUGAAGAUGAAUUCGAAGAUUGGGUGGAGAAACACCGUGAGCCCGUAAUGCAGAAACUGUCAUUAGAGAACUACUUCAAUGUCUGGGUGCGUAAAAUGCUUUUUUCUGCAGUGUAAUUGGUUUUUUAUUUACAGAGGGAUUCUGAUGAUGACGAGAAGAUGAUCUUGGCUUUCUGUGACGAGGAAACCCGAGAGGGAAGAGCUCUUUACAAGCUUCUUCGAAAGAUUGCUGACGAAAACCAGGAGCAUGCUGGAACUUUGGAACUGGUCCUCAUCGACCCUGGUAGGCAUUUUAAAAUAAAGCCAUCAAUUUGUAUGUAAUAACAAAUAAUUUAGAUGAAUUCCCAUUGAUGGUCGAUGUUUGGGAAGGGAUGUUCGGCAUUGAUAUUGAGGAAGGCCCUCAAAUUGGGCUUGUGGAUAUCUCCGACAAGGAUUCUCUCUGGUUCGACAUGAGUCAACUCAAUCUGGAUGAUCCCAAGAAGCAUUCCGACAGCAACUUCGAGGCCCUCCAAACUUGGAUUGAUCAGAUCAUGGCAGGAAACAUCGAUCUUGACGAUGAUGACGAGCCAGAACCGGAGCCAGUGAAGGCGGCCCCGAAAACAAAACGCUCAAAGAAAGAGUUGUAA